ACGUGACGUUGCACGGCAGCAGAGAGUCAGUCACCUCGGCGUGAGAAAUUUGAGAAUACGAGUGAAGAGCUCGCCCGGGUCGAGUUCUGUGAACGGUUGUCACAAAACUAGUUAUUAAGACCGUAAUUAAGUGACACUUUCUUUUCGCCAAACAAUGCCGGGACAUCUCGUCUGCAUUUUAGCACACAAGGACGGCUGACGACAAGAAGCAAGGUGGCUAAUGCUACUACCCAAGUAGCUGACUGUCACUUUAAUUUGAAGAACCAUGACAAAGGAAGGCAAUGUGUGCGAAGUCACCCUUGGUGUCAGGGGCAUGACUUGUGGUUCCUGUGUCCAAUCCAUAGAGAAGCACAUUGGUUCUCUGCCAGGGGUGAUACACAUAACGGUAUCUUUGGAGCAGGCGAAUGCCACAGUCAUUUUUAAUGACAGCCAGCAGAGCGCAGCGUCCCUAUUGGAGGCCAUUGACGACAAGGGGUUUGAAUCGAGUUUAUCGACGUCCGACGCGGCCUCACCUGUUUGCAACGAUAGCCAGCUGGUCCCAACGUCGGGGCUGAUACCUUUAACUGGGCGGCAGAAAGGGUCUCAGAUCCCGGGAGAGAGUUCGUCAAACGAGGGCCUCGACGUCACCUUUGCCUCGUCUUUGACGCCCACUCGGGAGCUCAAUGAAGUCAUGUUGAGGCCCUCACCGUCAGAGAACAACGCUCUGAGUAGCCCUGUGACAAGAGACUUGCCCGUGUCUCCAUCACCCAGCACUGACAGCAGAGCGGCGCUCCUGAAGAUGAGCAUUCAAGGCAUGACCGGUCAUUCCUGCACCACCACGAUUGAGGCGAAGAUUGGAAAAUUGAAAGGGGUUGAAAAGAUCAAAGUCCUCUUGGAUUCUCAGGAAGCCACGAUUGUAUACCUGCCUUACCUCAUAAGUGUUCAGACCAUUAUCGACCAGAUUGCUUUGGCCGGCUUUGAGGCUUGUGUGAAGAUCAAAACAUGCCCCCUGCAACUUUCCCUGAGUGAAGUUGAACGCUUUGCUGAUUUUCAUAAAACAAGUGCUUCUUCAACCGUAAACACUUCUAAGGAGACAGAAACCUGCAUUGACACACCUCUAGUGGCGCUCACUGUGAAAGGCAUGCACUGCCGAUCCUGCGUGGUCAAUAUCCAAGACAACAUCGCUACGCUGCCCGGUGUAUCCUCUGUAGUCGUCUCUCUUGAGGAAGAGAAAGCCUCCAUCUGCUACGACCCGCUGAAAGUCAGUGUUGCUCAGUUGCGACAGGCAAUUGAAGCACUUCCUCCAGGGACCUUCAAAACUCAACCCUGGGACUCUUCUGUGCUCCUCAGCCCUCCAACUACCUCGCCUCCGCCUGCUUUAUCUGCACCGCAAGCAUUUCCUCGAUCAUUUGCCAAACCUGCUGUACCCCAGCCCUGUUUAGUCCAACCUCUGGCAUCCAUAGCCAAGAUUCACAUUGAUGGCAUGACAUGUAAUAGUUGCGUCCAGUCAAUAGAGGGCAUGAUGUCUCAGAGAAAAGGUGUGAUUUCAGCGCAGGUGUCUUUGGCCGAUAAGCAAGGCCUCUUUGAGUAUGACCCCCUGUUGACCUCCCUAGUCGAGCUUAGGGAUGCCAUCGAAGACAUGGGCUUUGAUGCAUUACUAUCUGAGACACAUUCCCUGACACCUGUGUCGUCGCCCGCUGUUGUCAAGUCUUCGAGUGUGGCACUAGUGAAGGAGAAGGACCUGCUUGAUGGCAGCCUCCUCAAAGAGAUGCCCGAGGAUCGCAAAACAGCCAAAAAAGACAAACUCUCAAGUGUGAACAAGUGCUUCAUCCAGAUCCGAGGCAUGACCAGCGCAUCUUGUGUGGCAAACAUUGAGCGAAAUCUCAAAAAUGAGCCUGGUAUCUACACUGUUCUGGUGGCGUUAAUGGCCAGUAAGGCUGAGGUGCGCUAUAAUGCUGAAUUGAUAGACCCUGUGAAGAUUGUCGAGUGUGUGGACGAGCUAGGCUUCUCCGCCUCAGUCAUGGAGAACUAUGAAGGCUCCGAUGUCAACCUGGAAUUAGUUGUAAGGGGAAUGACUUGUGCCUCUUGCGUCCACAAAAUUGAAUCCAGACUGAUGAGAGAAAAUGGGAUUAAAUAUGCCUCUGUUGCCCUAUCCACCAAUAAAGCACACAUUAAGUUCGAGUCCGAAGUGAUAGGACCGCGAGACAUCAUCAAGCUGAUUGAGAAUUCGGGUUUUGAAGCAUCUUUGGUGAAGAAGGACCGUGCCGCCAGCCAUUUGGACCAUAGCAAGGAGAUACGACAGUGGAGGAGAUCUUUCUUGGUGAGCCUGAUAUUUUGCGUGCCAGUGAUGGGCAUGAUGGUAUACAUGAUCAUCAUGGACCACCAGAUGAACGCUUCCCACCAACACAACGCCACGGCCGAGGACCUCAACUUGUACCACGCCACCAUGUUCCUGGAGAGACAGUUGCUCCCAGGCCUCUCUGUCAUGAACUUGCUCUCUUUUCUUUUUUGCGUACCUGUGCAGUUUAUCGGUGGGCGCUACUUCUACGUUCAGGCCUACAAAGCAGUGACACACAGAUCUGCCAACAUGGAUGUGCUUAUAGUCCUGGCCACCUCCAUAGCUUUCACAUACUCCUCCAUCGUACUAAUCGUGGCCAUGGUGGAGAGAGCAAAAAUCAAUCCCAUCACCUUCUUUGACACACCGCCUAUGCUUUUUGUCUUCAUCUCGCUGGGACGCUGGUUGGAGCAGAUAGCCAAGAGCAAGACGUCUGAGGCUCUUUCCAAGCUAAUGUCUCUGCAAGCCACGGAGGCCACAGUGGUCAUUCUCAACAGUGAUUCAACCAUUCUGAGUGAGAAUCAAGUGGAUGUUGAGUUGGUGCAGAGGGGAGAUGUGGUAAAAGUAGUUCCUGGUGGGAAGUUUCCAGUCGAUGGCAGAGUUCUUCAGGGGCAUUCCAUGGCGGACGAGUCCCUCAUCACAGGUGAGGCCAUGCCCGUGACUAAGAAGCCAGGGAGUGUUGUGAUUGCGGGCUCCAUUAACCAGAAUGGCUCUCUCCUGGUCAGCGCUACACAUGUCGGCAUGGACACCACGCUGUCUCAGAUUGUCAAACUAGUUGAAGAGGCUCAGACUUCAAAAGCUCCCAUCCAACAGUAUGCUGAUAAGAUCAGUGGCUACUUUGUACCCUUCAUUGUUGCCGUGUCACUCCUUACUUUGAUUUCCUGGAUUGUAAUUGGGUUCCUGGAUUUCCCUCUAGUGGAAAAAUACUUUCCAGGUUAUGACAAAAGCAUUUCCAGGGCAGAGGCGGUGAUUCGCUUCGCUUUCCAGGCCUCCAUAACCGUGUUAUGCAUCGCCUGUCCCUGCUCCCUCGGUCUGGCGACCCCAACGGCUGUCAUGGUGGGCACUGGGGUUGGAGCCCAAAAUGGCAUCCUGAUAAAAGGAGGGGGACCUCUGGAAAUGGCACACAAGGUCCAGUCAGUGGUGUUUGAUAAAACCGGGACCAUUACGUAUGGUGCUCCAAAGGUUGUCCAAGUCAAAAUAGUAGUGGAGGGCAACAAGAUGCCUCGCUCCCGACUGCUCGCCAUCGUGGGCACAGCAGAGAACAACAGCGAGCAUCCUUUGGGAGCAUCUAUCACCAAGUAUUGCAAGCAGGAGCUCGUCACAGAGUCGCUUGGCACGUGCACUGACUUCCAAGCCGUGCCGGGCUGCGGCAUUCGGUGUCGGGUCAGCAACACCGAGAUGCUGUCAAAGCACACAGACAGCGACAGCGAUGACAACAACCAGCGCAACAGCAUGCUUGUUCAGAUCAGCGACACCGUCACGUCAACCAGCUCCCAUUCUCUUAUCAUGGACCCACAGUCAAUCAGUACGUUUUCGUCCCAUCACUCAUUUCUACUCUAUGUUGUGAUGUUAUUCAAGUCCCGUCUGUCUGCAGGCUACGCGGUCCUGAUUGGCAAUCGAGAGUGGAUGAAGCGGAAUGGUCUGCAGGUCCGACAUGAUAUCGAUGAUGCCAUGACGGAGCACGAGCAAAGAGGUCGCACCGCCGUCCUGGUUGCUGUAGACGAUGUCCUGUGUGCCAUGAUAGCCAUAGCGGACACAGUGAAGCCGGAAGCUGAGAUGGCUGUCCAAACUCUGACCUACAUGGGCCUGGAGGUCGUGUUGAUGACGGGAGACAACAGCAAGACGGCACGGGCCAUUGCUGCACAGGUGGGCAUCAGGAAGGUGUUUGCAGAGGUGCUGCCCUCCCACAAGGUGGCCAAGGUGGAGCAGCUGCAGCAGGCGGGAAAGAGGGUCGCCAUGGUAGGAGACGGCAUCAACGACUCGCCCGCUCUGGCCAUGGCUGACGUCGGCAUCGCCAUUGGAACGGGCACGGAUGUCGCCAUCGAGGCAGCAGAUGUGGUCUUGAUCAGGAAUGACCUGCUGGAUGUGGUCAGCAGCAUCGACCUCUCUAAAAAGACUGUCAAGAGGAUCAGGAUCAACUUUGUCUUCGCUCUCAUCUACAACCUGGUUGGCAUUCCCAUCGCUGCAGGUGUCUUCCUUCCCAUUGGUUUGGUAUUACAGCCGUGGAUGGGCUCUGCCGCCAUGGCAAUGUCUUCCGUCUCUGUGGUUUUGUCCUCGCUUCUACUGAAAUGCUACACCAAGCCCAGCGCCGAGAAGCUGGAGGCCCAACUAGAGUCGCGGCUGGGCCGCGGCACACGACAGAGCAGCCUUUCCAACAUCAGCGUCAACAUCGGCAUGGGCGAGCUGCGGCGAUCUUCGCCCAAGCUCAGUCUUCUCGACCGCAUUGUCAACUACAGCCGGGCGUCCAUCAAUUCACUGCGCUCCGACAAGCACUCGAUCCACAGCCAGGUGCUCAGCGAGCCCGACAAACACUCGCUCCUCAUGGGGGAGGCGCCGUGCGAAGAGGAGUUCUGCUGAAGGCCACGGUCACAAAGUGCCCAAGAGCCAUGCAGUGCCAUGAGAGCAGCCGGCUGAGCACCCCUGUGUAUCCAAAGACCUUAAGUUUUAGCCCUUUUCAUUCAAUGUUGUAUAAUAUGGAGUACGGUAUUUAUAUUUCCCCUUAUUUAUCAUGUUCAUCCUAAUCCAUGUGGGAGAUUCAAAUGACACUUGAGAGCGAGUUGGAAACGUACGUUAGACAAGUCGAGUGGAAACGCCAUCGUGGCAAAGUCCAGCACAUUCCAAAGAGAGCACUUUGGACCCAACAGUGGUCGAAUGUUGCCGUGGCGACGGUCAGGCGUUCACUUAACCCGGCGCUAUCUGCUGUUAUCAUGUUACAUACACUGUAUGUGUUGCUCAUUGCUGUGCAAGUUGUCUUCCAUAUGUCACGCAAGUGCAUUUAGGCCAUCCGUCCUGAUUGCAUGUUGUGUCGUAUGUUACUGCUUCUCGGCUUCUUUGUGUCUGCGAGUUGUGGCACUAAUUACUACUUACAGUCGUGGAUGGUUUCCUGCUAGACGGGAUUAUUGCUUUUUUUCUUCUUUCUUGAGCCUUUUUAAAGUUGGCACAUUGUCAUGCAAGAGUCCAAGCCCUCGCUUUGUUAUUUUUUUUUUGUUUUAGUUGUUGCCGCUUCCCCAAAGAUGUGUGUUCUGAAGUCCGCUGAGCGUGACCACAUCGGCCUGUCCAAAGUGACAUCCACAAAGCGUCACAUUACAUGUACAUCUAUGGUUAAAUGAAGGAUGUUUGCCUUGAAUGUUCUCAGUCAGCGACGGGGAACCUUCAGCUACAGCUCAGAAGAACUUUUCAUUCGGGCUGCCCAAAAAAGUGACCCCUGAAUAUCCAUAAUUGACUUUGAAUAAACAUUAAUUUCCAUGUUGUGUAUUUUUGUCAAAAAAUUGUAUGGAUUUGAAAAUGGCUGAACUGGUUCUCCACUGCUAUUCUAAACAAUUGUGCCUUGGAUUUAAAAAAAAAUAAAGCAAAAUGUAUACUU